GACUUCUCAGUUGAGGAAUAGGAAUAGUAAUGUUGGAGUUGGAAUCUGAUAAAUGAUUUUAGAUAUGUAUAAAAAAUUACACGAAUUGAUGUAAAAUUAUGUACACUAGUAACUGAUUGAAUAGAGAUUUAAAUUUUACACGGUUUUUUGGCUUUAUUAAUUGGACGCAAAAUGUCUGGAUUCGAUGAAAACCCAUUUGGUGAGCCUACGUUGGAUAACCCUUUCGCCGACCCUGCAAUUCAGCAAGUAACCAAUCAGACUACAAAUGUUCAGCGGGGCCUCGAUGAGUAUAAUCCAUUUGCUGACCAACCUUCAGCACAGCGUCCAUCAACUGUGGUACGCGGAGCGAGUAAUCCUCCCGGCUACGGCUCGCAGACGCAACAGCCGGCCAUUAUGCAUGCCACCCAGGAGCUUCCUCCCCCCUACUCCCGAACGGCCCAGCAACAGCAGGCUGCCCAAGCAUCACAGUUCACCACUGCUGAACUCCAGAGGGAAUUAGAGCGCAAACAAGAGGAAUUAGAACGCAAAGCAGCUGAAUUGGCCAGGCGUGAAGCAGAACUAAGAAACGCACCCUACAAUGUUAGAAGAAACAACUGGCCUCCUCUGCCUGAGAACUGCUGUGGGUUCCAGCCUUGCUUCUACCAGGACAUCAACGUCGAAAUACCCACCGAAUUCCAGACGAUCGUGCGCCAUCUUUAUUAUCUGUGGCUGUUCCACGCUUGCCUGAUGAUAGUGAAUGUUUUCGGUGGUCUGCUGCUGCUAGUGCAUCAUCAUGAUUUCGGCACCAUGACAGCUGGCAUCGUCUACACCAUCAUUUUCACACCCUUCUCCUACUUGUGCUGGUUUCGGCCUGCCUAUAAGGCUUUCAGAAACGAUAGCUCUUUCAACUUUAUGGUCUUCUUCUUCAUUUUCUUCAUCCAGUUCAUCAUCACAGUGAUUCAGACCCUUGGAAUGCCUGGAGGCGGAACCUGUGGCCUAGCAACAGCCAUAAUGACCCUGAUGGAGGGAACUCCGAGCGGCAUUGUGAUUGGCCUGUUUCUGCUGGUCCUUGGUCUUGGAUUCGGCACUGCUGCUCUGCUCGACCUCCUUCUACUCACCAAGGUGCACCGCAUCUAUCGGUCGACGGGCGCCAGCUUCGCUAAGGCUCAACAGGAGUUCACGUCUGAGUUCCUGCGUAACGAACACGUGCGGACGGCGGCUGGCUCUGCCAUGUCGGCUGCCGUCUCGUCGCAGUUCCAGCCGUCUGCCACCACCCCGCCCGCCCAGCAACUGCCCCGGUACUAGGCGACAAACGUUGAAUACUGCUCGCACCUAGACUACAGGGGCACCCGCUGUACUUGAUUACCUAUAUAACAACACAUCUUUAUCAACACUAUUGUUGACCUGGUGAAAAACUAAAAAUGACACUUUCUUGCUUUUGCUAAUUUAGUUCAACUUGAAAAAGUGUGCAUGAUAAUUAUCAUCUACAUCGAUAUAAUGUUAUUAUAUAUUAUAAUUCAUCCUACCAUUGACUUGUAAAUUGUUUAUUAGUUUCAAUAAUCAAAUGGUAUGAUGCAAAUGCUGUUAUAUACUCCAAGGGCCGGUUUCCUAGCUCGGGAUUUUGGCCCGCCGCAAAGUAGACCCACGCUAAUCGACGAAAAGCAACCCACGCCGUGGGAUGUUUUGUGAACCAUUGCUAGGCUUCUCCAGACAUCUGUGUAAUGAUAAUAAUACAUGCAAUGAAUAAUCUACUUGUCAGCUGAUAGAUUAAGAAUAAUUCCAUAGCAAUGGUUUACAAAAAAUACCACGGCGUCGGUUGCAGUGGCGUGGAUUAGCGUGGGUCUACUUUGCGGCGGACCUUAGCCAAGUUCUAGACUUUAAACAGUUGGAGUCAGAAAAUUGGCAUUCCGAAACGAGGCGUAGUCGCAGUUUUUAUUAUAAUCUUUAUUUUCUCAUUUCUAUGAUUGGAAACGUUUUUCCUUGACGAAAGGGAACAUUCCUAAAUAAUUCAAAACCGGAGUCCAUGUUUAAAUUAGAUUUCGAAAAACUUGAAAUUUGAUAACAAAAUAAAAUAAAGAUAAAAUAGUGUAAAGUUUCAGCUAUUUUUGAAUUAUUUUAGGAAGUUUUAUUUCGUCAAGGAAAAACGUUUCCAAUUAGAGAAAUGAGAAAAUAAAGAUGAACAUAAAAACAGUGACCAAGCCCCGUUUCGGGAAGCCAAUUUUCUGACUCCAGCUGUUUAAAGUUCAGUACUUAGCUGAAUCCCGAGCUCGGGAACCGGCCCUCAGUUUGUUUAUUAGACAUAAUUGAUAUAAUGUUACUACUCACAGUUUUGAGGUUUAGCUUGAUCUAUAGUAAGUGCACAAGAGGAAUUUGUUUCGCGCAUGCGCAGUGAAACAUAUAGGCCGCCAACUGUAUUAAGCCACACCAUUGUAUUCUGAACGGUACCUCAGAGCUAGAGGAUCGUAAGUCCAUUUUUAGACAAAAUAACGAUGUUUUUAGUGGGUCUUGCUCAGUUUUUUGAACUCUAUAGAUUGAAGAUAGAUUCGUAAGUCCUCCGAAGGUGAUUGUUUUGAAGAUAGCCACAGCUAAAAGAGCGUAAGUCCAGUAAGCAUUGAAACUGAAACAACGUGAGUCCAAUAAUUGACAAGUAAGUGUAAUGCUGAUUUGACUUACGCUCUUUUAGCCCCGGCUGGGAGUGUAAUACUUUUGGGCUCUCCUGAACAAUUAGCCGUUUGAGACUUACGCCCUUCUAACACUGAGGUACAGUGAGGUAUUGUCAUGAAAAUCUUCUAUAAUAUGACACCACAUCGUAUUUAUAUCAAAUUCUCCUUCAUGGCCCGGUUGCACAAAAGCAUGUCAAGUUUUGAUCAUUAUUAAAUCCCACGAGAACCAAGGUAUUUUUGAAAGAAGUCUUCUCUAAUUAAUAA